AGGUGCCGUGUUCGGUCGCAACGUGGAGUUGUUUACUGUUACUCCAGAGUGCUGUCGGGCGUUAAAGACAGAUGAAGAACUUUUAACAGACCUCCUUUCGUAAAUAAUUGGAAUAGGUGACUAACUGUGAAAUGGGGAAGCCAAAGAAAAAGAGUGAACUGAGCCGAGCCGAGCUGAUGAUGAUGACCAUUGCCGAUGUCAUCAAGCAGCUGGUUGAAGCCCACGAGAAGGGAAAAGACAUCAAUCUUAACAAAGUUAAGACUCAGGCCUCAGCUAAAUAUGGACUUGAAGCUCAGCCCCGAUUGGUGGAUAUCAUUGCGGCUGUCCCACCACAAUACCGUCGAGCGCUGGUGCCCAAACUAAAGGCCAAACCUAUCCGCACUGCCAGUGGGAUUGCAGUCGUAGCUGUGAUGUGUAAACCUCAUCGAUGUCCUCACAUCAGCUUUACAGGCAACAUCUGUGUCUACUGUCCUGGUGGACCGGACUCUGACUUUGAGUACUCCACACAGUCUUACACUGGCUACGAGCCGACUUCCAUGAGAGCCAUCCGAGCUCGUUACGACCCCUACCUACAGACCAGACAUCGAGUGGAGCAGCUGAAGCAGUUGGGCCACAGCGUCGACAAAGUGGAGUUCAUCGUGAUGGGUGGGACCUUCAUGGCUCUGCCCGAGGACUACAGAGACUACUUCAUCAGAAACCUUCACGACGCCCUGUCAGGACACACCUCUAACAACGUGGCUGAGGCUGUGAGGUACUCUGAGCGCAGUCAUACCAAGUGCGUGGGGAUCACUAUCGAGACGCGGCCCGACUACUGCCUGAAGCGGCACCUCAGUGACAUGCUGGGCUACGGAUGCACCCGGCUGGAGAUAGGAGUCCAGAGCGUCUAUGAAGACGUGGCCCGUGACACCAACAGAGGCCACACGGUGCGAGCUGUGUGCGAGUCUUUCCACCUGGCAAAGGAUGCCGGCUUCAAAGUGGUCGCCCACAUGAUGCCUGACCUGCCGAACGUGGGCAUGGAGAGGGAUGUGGAGCAGUUCAUUGAGUUUUUUGAAAAUCCAGCUUUCAGGCCAGAUGGGCUGAAACUGUACCCCACCCUGGUCAUCCGAGGCACGGGUCUGUACGAGCUGUGGAAGACCGGCCGGUACAAGAGCUACACGCCCAGCGCACUGGUGGACCUCGUGGCUCGGAUUCUGGCGCUGGUGCCGCCCUGGACACGAGUGUACCGAGUGCAGAGGGACAUCCCCAUGCCGCUGGUGAGCUCUGGCGUGGAGCACGGCAACCUGAGAGAGCUGGCACUGGCCAGGAUGAAGGACAUGGGCACCGAGUGUCGUGACGUCAGAACCCGGGAAGUGGGCAUCCAGGAGAUCCACCACAAAGUCCGACCUUACCAGGUGGAGCUGAUACGGAGAGACUAUGUGGCCAACAGCGGCUGGGAGACCUUUCUCUCCUAUGAAGACCCUGAGCAGGACAUCCUGAUUGGCCUGUUGCGGCUGCGCCGCUGCUCUCCGCAGUCCUUCCGCCCGGAGCUCAAAGGAGGCGUGUCCAUCGUCCGUGAGCUGCACGUGUAUGGCAGCGUGGUCCCCGUGAGCAGCCGAGACCCGAGCAAGUUCCAGCAUCAGGGGUUUGGCAUGAUGCUGAUGGAGGAGGCUGAAAGAAUCGCCAGGGAUGAGCACGGCUCCUGCAAACUGGCUGUUAUAUCAGGUGUAGGAACAAGGAACUACUACAGGAAGAUGGGCUACGAGCUGGAGGGACCGUAUAUGGUGAAGGACCUGUACGGGCCGGGAGCGGACUGAAACGGAUUUUAUUUAUCAAAACAGCACUCUGGGACACGAAUAUUAACGUGAUGGUGUUCUGCAGUAUCGGAGGAGGUACUGGUCGGCUUCUUCUUUUAUCUGGAGCACACCGAGGCCGCCGCCGCAUUUCUUCUGUUUUUUAAAGAUAAGGAGACGUACCAGAGGAUGUAAGGAAUUAGGGAACGUUAUCUAGGGUGAAGCCAGCCUUGUGUUUUGAGUUCAAAUUAAGAUUCUUUAAACGUGCAGUGUCAUCAUAUGGGCGCCUUUUAUUUAAAGUUUCCGAGUCUCCCCCUUUUCUGUAAACACGGGUCCCGGGUCGCACCGCUCGGACUCUUUCACAACAAGCAGCACUGAUUCACUUUGACGUGGAACAAGAGCGAACCUGCCGAGGCAUUUUUAAUUCCACUCCAAUGAUCCGUGCGCGCAGCGGAGAAAAAUCGGGAUAUCUGGGUAUCCAUGAAAUAACCGUUUGCCUGGGAUGGAAUGAGACGCCUGCAUCACGGUUCCAGUUAAUCAUAUUUAUGUUGCAAUCACAUAAAAACCCAUUACGAGGGGAGCGUUCAUUAACGGUUGGCGGCGGAUGAACGAACAGUAGAAAGUGUCCUCGCCGGGCAGCUGUUGUUUUGAUUUGUAGGGCAGGAAAUUGAAUAUUAGCGUUACAUAAAAGCCUCUCAGUUAA